AUGAGGAAAAGUGUACAAUUACUGGUUCUUGUCAGUUUCCUGUUUGCAGAUUUGGUAGGAAGUGUAGAGGAGGAGGAAGAGGAAGAUUCGCCAGAUAGGGAUGAGACAGCAGCGUUUCUCCCUUCCUUGUUGCUGGGGACUGCAACCGCUGAUCUCUUCAACCCCUGUCCAAAGCACACCACAGGCCUGGCGGGACAAGCGUUUUGUGAACUCAUCAACAUCUUGAUUGUGUCUCAGUGCCUCCUGGCGGCUCCUUGUUCCUAUCCGAUUGACAAAGCAGGAGGUUGUUCAUUGCCUCCAACUUACGAUUUCAUCGUGGUUGGAGGAGGGACUGCAGGAUCUGUCAUUGCUGCUCGACUUUCAGAAAUAGCUAAGUGGAAUGUACUGCUACUGGAAGCUGGAGGAGACCCUCCACUGACAUCGGAUAUUCCAGGUUUCCACUGGAACCUCCUGAGAUCCGAUAUCGACUGGGAAUUCAAAACGGAAAGGGAGAGAGGACUCUUCAAUGGGUACAUGGGGAGGGUGAACCGUUGGCCACGGGGCAAAGUGCUCGGGGGAAGUAGCAGCCUCAGUUCCAUGCUCUAUGUUCGCGGUAUGGCCAAGGAGUUCGACAACCUGGCCAGCAUCGGUGUGUCUGGCUGGUCCUACCCAGAAGUCCUCAAGUAUUUCAAGAGGACGGAGGACAUGCGGGACCUGAGCAUCCUCAACAGCCCUGCGGCAUCGGUACUCCACUCCCGCGGUGGACCCAUGACCCUCAGCAGGUUCGGAGAGCGAGAAUUGAUAAUGGACAUAAUCGAGAGGGCAGGUGCAGAGAUGGGGCAUCCGUCAAACUUUGAUAUCAAUGGUGCCAACCUGGCUGGUUUCGCAACCCGAAAUCAAGGAACCAUUAGAAACGGCGAGAGGCUAAAUACUGCCAAAGCUUUUUUAAACCCAAUAAAGAAAAGAAAAAAUUUAUUUGUUAUUAAGCAUGCAUUCGUCACUAAGCUACUGAUAUGCCACAAAACUAAAAGGGCCUUCGGGGUGGAAUAUUAUUAUCGGAACGAAAAGACUCUGAGACACGCUCAUGCCUCCAAAGAGAUAAUAGUGUCAGCGGGAACGAUUGGAUCACCAAAAAUUUUGAUAUUGUCUGGAGUUGGACCCAGAAACCACCUCCAAGAAUUGAAUGUAAUAGUGGAAAAGGAUUCGGCCGUGGGACUUAACUUGCAAGAUCAUCUUAUGUUUCCAGGUGUCCCGAUAACUCUUGAAACUGGACUCGAGGCAAGAGCGCCGCUAGAUGUGUUAGAUCACGCAUACGAAUACCUUACUCGAAGAACAGGUCCAUUAUCCAGGAUAGGAGCUACAGAAGUCUUGGGCUACCUCAACCUUUUCGGCGACGAUACUCCUGAUAUACUCUUACAGUUCUUAUUUUUUGUAGCAAAUGAAACAGAGCAUUUAUUAGAUUUCAUGAAGGGUAUCGGGGUGGAAGAAGACAUCUAUCUACAAUAUCGUGAGUUGAACAAAAGAUCUGAUUUAUUGAUUCCUUUGCCAUACCUUUUGCAUCCGAAAAGCAGAGGUUAUAUUACACUGAAAUCUUCAGAUCCCGAUGAUUCACCAGUCAUUCGCACAGGAUAUCUUAAUAAUUUAUUCGAUUUGGACGCUAUGCUUCUGGCCAUAAGGUCAAUACAGUCGAUGGCACAAACAAAGCCUAUGAAGAUUUUCAAUUCAACUAUAGAAUUUUUAUCAUUUCCUGGUUGUUGUGGUUUAGAAGUAGACAGUGAUCCUUAUUGGGCAUGCGCCAUCAGCCACCUCGCUGGCACAGGGCACAAUCAGGUGGGCACCUGCAGGAUGGGGAGCUGCAACGACCCUUACUCGGUAGUGGACGAGGCGCUCAAGGUGAUCGGCGUCAAUGCACUACGAGUCGCCGACUCCAGCAUCAUCCCCAAGGCACAGUCAGCCCUACCUCUGGCGACUACCAUCAUGAUAGGGGAGAAGGUAUCGGAUAUGAUAAAGACAGAUUGGAGGGACACAUAUGAACCGCACAAGUGUCCUACAAAACAGCCAAUAAAAGACCAAAGGUCUAAGCAAAGGAUACAUAAGAAUAAGACUAGAAAACCUAAAGGAUAG